AUGCUCAAGACUUCUAUCAGACGGUUCUCUGUCGUAUCCAAUGUUUUGAAUAAAAAUGAAUCGAAUAUCAAACCAGUUUUCAAGUCACAUUACCUGAAUGAAGGUGUUAAACAUUUUGACAAAAAUUUUCCUAAGCAGCAAAAACGUAAACCUUGGGAUAAUGGAGAACAGACAAAAGACGAAUUCUUUAUGAAAAAAUAUGGCUCCAUAAGCGAAAAAGAAAGAGAGGUUUUAAAUCAGAAAGUUGAGAGGCAACGGAGAGCUAGAAAAGAGAGAAAGGAUGCUGAUCGACAAUAUAGAAGGCAAGAAAAAGAAGACCGAUUUUCUCGAUUUGGAGGUAACCGUGACUUUAGACAAGCCUUCAAGAACCCGUUAAGUGAAUAUGUUUAUGGUACUUUUCCCGUAAUGGCAGCUUUGAUGGCCAAUAAAAGAGGUCUGUUUAAUAAGUUGAUAACGCACAAUCCAAAAGAAGCAAGUGGUGAAAUCUUCAAGUUGGCCAAAAAAUACGGCCUAAGAAUAGAUAGAAAGGACAGCAAAGGUGAUUUGAAUGUGUUAUCUGAGAAUGGAGUACAUAAUGGAAUUGUAUUAGAGACAAAGCCGCUUGAGCUUCCAAUAAUAUCUUCUUUGGGUGAAUGUGACCCAGAACUGGGAACAUACAAAGUAUCGAUAGUUAACGAAUUAUACAACAGCGAAGUACAGAAACUGGAACAGGUCAUUCGUAGCUUCUCAGAUGAAUCCAGCUCUAAGUACCCCUUGGGGAUAUAUCUCGACGGUAUUACGGACCCACAAAAUAUAGGGGCUAUUAUUAGAUCGGCGUAUUAUUUGGGUGCAGAUUUCAUAGUGGUUCCUGAUCACGAUACAGCAAGAUUAGGUCCCGUAGCAAACAAGGCAUCCGCUGGUUCUCUUGACUUGACUAAUAUUUACCAAACUGUUGAUAGUUUACGCUUUGUUGAAAAUGUCAAGAACAGUGGUUGGAACGUAAUCACCACUAGUGCUAAACCCAACUUUGAUGAAUUGCAAGAUUUAAAGCUGAAGCACGAAAAGGUAGAAGAACAUUUAAAGAAUAAGUUCAUCGAAGUCGAUGAAUUAUCGUCGAUGAUGGCGCAAUCUCCGAUAUUACUUAUCAUGGGAAGCGAAGGUGCAGGUGUAAGAACAAAUUUGAAGCUCAAGUCUGAUUAUCUAGUUGGUUUAAACAAAGGUAGAAGAUCUGGUGUCGAUAUUGUUGACUCGUUGAAUGUCAGCGUUGCAUGUGGUUUGUUGAUCAGUAAAUGCUUCGAAUAA